UCACCAACACCCAAUCCACAAUCCAUGCGCGUCGCAGUUAAGUAUGGCCGCUAUGGAACAAGAUAACUCAGCGCCCGCAAUCCGCUUCAAACGGCGCAAGACUACACACCCAAAGCGUGUCUAUGUCGAAAACGAUGUCUCAACAAUUUCCACUGCUCAGUCUCCAGACGCGCCGACAACGAUCGAUGCGCGUUCUCCACCGAGAGACGCUUUGGACGAAGAAGACUCGGUGCCCAACCUCAAAGAGAUUUUGCGAAACCGAAAGCGUCCGCGUAACCGUCCAAGAGAAGCUUCGCGCGCGGCGGAGGAUACUGGCAUGGAGAUGGUGCAGGUCGACACGUCGAGGCCAGGCCAAUACACGAGUCGCUUUAUUGCACAGACAGGACAAGUCGUGGAUCGCGAUGAUAAGCAGAUGACGGAAUUUGUAGAAGCUCGCAUGGCUGAAAAGAACUAUCGUCAGUAUGGCUGGCCCAUUCCAACUCACCUCCAAACUUCCGUUGCGGCAAUUGCUCCAGACCUCAAGCACACAUUCUCUACGACGUCCUCGAGAACAGGAACAACGACAGGCGUGGACAAUCCCGCAGAUGUCGAGCAUAGCAAUCGACUGGCAGCAGGGCAGGGAAAGCUGCAAGAAGUCGACCUAAGCUCGGAUGCUGCUGCGCAUAAUCUCCAGCGUACACAGAACGUAUUCAAGCGCGAAGAAGAGCCCCCAAGCAAAGUACGACUAGGCAGAGACGGCAAGCCGCGACGGGGCCCGAAGCGUAGAAACAGCGAGGACAUACGGCGCGACCAGAUGGUCGAGGCAGUACUCCGUGAAUCGAAGCUGGAAUACUUCGACGAAGCACCUCCCAAUCUCCACAACCCCAGCACCGGCGACAACGACGAGGCAAUGGUGGAACGCUUCCGCCUUGAAUACUUCGAGUCCAUAGAGUCGCGACAACAGCGCAAACCUGUCCUACCACCAGGCCCUAAGGGCGUGAAAGAGCCACCCAAAGGACCGAAACUGGGGGGUUCGAGGAGUGCGAGAGCGGCGAUGCGGCUACAGGAAGAGGCAGCGGCGAAAAACAAGAGGUAACAUUAGUUGCAUGUGGAUUUUGCGUGGCCGUGUACAAAGUGUACAACAGAACGAAUGAUGGGCGAUUGCUGGAGCGGUAUGAGUAUAUGCCUGUGGAGAUUAAGGAGAAAGCCUGGUAUAACUCGUGAGUGUAGACAGUCUGCGACAGGAUGUUACAACUGUGCUCCUUGGAU